AUGGGCCUGAGCUCUUCCAAGGCACACAUCAAGGUGACCAAGGUGGCACCGAUGCGUGCCGGGGAGGACCUGCCCGUUCUCGCCACCCCAUGCCAGAUCCCUGGCGUGCUGGGACAGCCCAGCCCGCACCCACCGGCCAUGGCGGAGUGGGGAAAACCCAGCUGGCACCAGGAACUUCCACCUCUCCGGGAGACCUGGUACGGGAGAGCCUCUGCAGGGCCCUUUUCUUUCAACACCGUGCCAGAAAAGGGAGAAACCAGCAUCAUUAAACAGCACCCGCCUCGAAGACCUCAAAGGCUUGAACCUGCCAGCCCUCUGCUAGCAAUUCCUCCUGCAAAGCCCUGGAGUCAGAAAGAAGUGGCUGCAACCCCAAAUACAAAGGCUCUGGAGAAGAGGGAGCAAAGCCUGAGGCACCUCCCUGGCAGGCGGCAGCACUUGCACAAGCUGCAGAUGCUGGAGCUGACUCGCAGGCGCCAAGAGGCAGAGCUGAAGCGAAAUCUCCACAGGGAGGCAAAAAUCGAUAAACAAAAAAUCAAGGAAUUCAGCCCGAAGAAAGUCCUCGACACUCUCCAGAGAGGCGACAGCGCCGAAAGCCGAGACCUCGUCCCUGCUGAGCGCAAUCAGCGUUUUCAUGGAGACGACCGUGGAAACACAGGGGGUGGAGGACUCUCUGGGCAGCAUGAUGGGGCUGAAGUGUCUCCAGACAAGAGCAGGAAGGUUGACCUGUGGUUCUGCAGGGAGUCGCGGACGAGGGAUCUGUUCUGGGACAGCUCCAGCACGGGCUCCGAAGAGUGGGAAAGAGAAGAGAAGAUUUACCGCAAGCCUACGCUUGUGAGAACCAAAACAGAGAGAGUUUCUCUCUUUGAUGACUUCUUUGAUAAGGAUUUUUAG